ACAUCUUACACAGACAAAGGAGAAAAGCCCCUGCGAGGCCGCUUCAUCCAUUUCCACUCCAUCACCUUCUGGGUCGGCAAUGCCAAGCAGGCUGCAUCCUACUACUGCAACAAGCUGGGGUUCGAGGAGCUGGCAUACCGGGGGCUGGAGACUGGCAGCAGGGAGGUGGUCUCACAUGCCAUCAAGCAGGACAAGAUUGUGUUUGUUCUCUCAUCUGCUCUCAACCCAGGGAAUGAGGAGAUGGGGGAGCACCUGGUGAAGCACGGUGAUGGGGUGAAGGACAUCGCCUUUGAAGUGGAGGACUGCGACUUCAUCGUGCAGAAAGCCAAGGAGCGUGGAGCCGUGGUGGUGAAGGAGCCCUGGGUGGAGGAGGACAAAUUCGGGAAGGUGAAGUUCGCCGUGAUCCAGACGUACGGUGAUACCACCCACACCUUGAUAGAAAAGCUCAACUACAAGGGCCUUUUCCUACCUGGGUACCACCCGCCCCUCUUCAAGGACCCCCUGCUGCCAAAGCUACCAAGUGCCAAGCUCAACUUCGUUGACCAUGUCGUGGGGAACCAGCCUGACCUCCAGAUGGUCCCAGUGGCAGACUGGUACCAGAAGAACCUGCUUUUCCACCGCUUCUGGUCAGUGGACGACAAGCAGCUGCACACUGAGUUCAGCGCCCUGCGCUCCAUUGUGGUCACCAACUACGAAGAGACCAUUAAGAUGCCCAUCAAUGAGCCAGCCCCUGGCAAGAAGAAAUCCCAGAUUCAGGAAUAUAUCGACUACUAUGGAGGGGCUGGAGUCCAGCACAUCGCGCUGAACACCUCCGACAUCAUCUCGGCGAUCACCAACCUGAAGCAGCGGGGUAUGCAGUUCAUGGACGUGCCGUCCAGCUACUACCAGAUGCUGCGGGAGAGGCUGAAAUCUGCCAAAAUCAAAGUGAAGGAGAACAUCGACAAGCUGGCGGAACUGAAAAUCCUGGUGGAUUUUGAUGAGAAAGGCUACUUGCUCCAGAUCUUCACCAAACCAGUUCAAGACAGACCCACGGUCUUUCUGGAGGUCAUCCAGCGGCACAACCACCAGGGCUUCGGUGCUGGGAACUUCAAAUCUCUGUUUGAAGCAAUAGAAAUCGAUCAAGAUGCAAGAGGAAAUCUGACCAUCCUGGAGCCCAACGGGGAGACCAAGCGCAUCUAG